AACUAAUUCCCAUCACCCAUGUGACCCCUUCCAUUUUCAAAAUUUAUCACUAGUCCCCCCUUACAAUAAGUAGCUCCAUAAAAAUCAACUAAAACUCAAACUUUCUCAAAUCUCAAAAAAAUGGCAAAAAAAAUUGGAAUUUUCUUUACACUUUUUUGUAUUCUUUCAACUUCAUGUCUUGGAGAUUGGAACAUUUUGUCACAACACAAAACCAAUAGUGGCCUCAAAAUUAGCCUCAAGAAUUAUUGUGAGAGUUGGAGAAUGAAUGUUGAGUUACACAACAUUAGAGAUUAUGUUGUUGUCCCUCAAGAAUGUGUUGCAUAUAUUGGAAAAUAUAUGACUUCUACUCAAUAUAAAGUUGAUUCUGAAAGAACUAUUAAUGAAUGUAUACUUUAUCUUAGUACUAAUUGUAUUUUGGAAAAUGAUGGGAAAGAUGCUUGGAUUUUUGAUAUUGAUGAUACUCUUCUUUCCUCUGUUCCUUACUACAAGAAAAAUGGUUUUGGGGGAAAUAAGCUAAAUGUGACAUCUUUGGAGGAUUGGAUGAGCCAAGGGAAAGGAACAGCAUUGGAACAUUCUUUGAAGUUGUUCAAUCAUCUUAAAGGACUAGGAGUUCAAAUCUUUCUUGUUUCUUCAAGAAGAGAACAUCUUAGAUCCGCCACUGUCGACAAUCUUGUCAAAGUUGAUUUCUAUGGAUGGAAUAGCCUCAUACUAAGAGAUCAAGAAGAUGAAUGCAAGAAUGCUCAAAGCUUCAAGGCAGAAAUAAGAAGUAAACUUAUAAGCCAAGGCUAUAGAAUUGUGGGCAUAAUUGGAGACCAAUGGAGUAGCAUUGAGGGUCUUCCAAGUGCAAAAAGAUCAUUCAAACUUCCAAAUCCAAUGUACUAUGUUGCUUGAUUAUAAACUUGUGAAUUUGUCAAGUUUUUGUGAGGGAAAAAAAAACAUGAUUUCUUGGAUUUUAUAUGUUGUUGUUUUUUGUGAUGUGGAUUAUUGUUGGAAAUAAUUUUGUGAAGAAUCUUGAUGAUUUGGUUGAUUUCACAUUAAAUAUGGCAAUUAUUGGAGCAAGCAAUUGUCAACUACUACACAACCUAAAGGUGCAUGUGAACAUUUAAGAAAGGAAAUAGACAAAAAUAUAGAUGAUUCAU